UCAUGUCUGUACUAGAACAGUCCUAAAAGUCCAUUCUUUUUUAAACUACUUAUAGCUGCUCUUUGCCAUUUCUUUGUUUUCUUUCUCCAUUACUCUUCAUUCUUCUAUAAAUAUUAUCUCCUGAUUCAAUCCUUAAACACGUGCCUUACAACAUGGACCCUAGUGCCUCAACUCUCAUUCUUCGUUCUCCAUUUGACGUCAAAAAUGAUAAAGAAAAUGGGCUACUAGUUUUUGACACAUCUCUUCUGCAAAAACAAACAAACUUGCCAACAAGAUUCCGAUGGCCUCAUGAGGACUUAGUUUAUACUCAAGAUGUACUCAAAGAGCCACCAAUAGACCUAAAAGGAUUCUUGGAUGGUGAUGAACAAGCAACAAUUCGUGCAGCUUCACAAAUUAGAGCAGCUUGUUUAAACCAUGGUUUCUUCCAAGUUACCAACCAUGCCGUGGAUGUCAAUGUGAUUCAGGCUGCACAUGAUAAGAUGGACGCCUUCUUCAAGCUUCCGAUAAUCCGCAAGGUACAAGCUAAACGAAAGCCGGGCAGUGUCUGGGGUUAUUCGGGUGCUCAUUCUGAUCGAUAUUCGUCAAAACUGCCAUGGAAGGAAACAUUCUCAUUUGGUUAUGAUUAUGUAAAUGGCCCGGAUGUUGAUCUGGUUAACUAUUUCAAAACUGUUCUAGGGAAGGAUUUUGAAGAGGCGGGGUAUGUUUUACAUAAAUAUUGUGAGGCAAUGAAAAAAUUGUCUCUGGCAAUUUUGGGACUGCUGGCAAUUAGCUUGGGACUUGACCGAUCAUACUAUAGGAAAUAUUUCGAAGAUGGUUGCUCAAUAAUGAGGUUCAAUAACUAUCCACCAUGCAACCAAGCUGGCCUAACCUUUGGCACUGGUCCUCAUUGUGAUCCAAAUUCCAUAACAAUACUCCAUCAAGAUCAAGUUGGAGGACUCGAAAUUUUUGCCAAUAACAAAUGGCAAGCUAUCAGGCCACGCCCCGAUGCCUUUGUUGUUAACAUUGGAGAUACAUUCAUGGCAUUAUCUAAUGGUAGAUACAAGAGUUGCCUACAUAGAGCAGUGGUGAACAAGGAGAAAGCAAGGAGAUCGUUGGUGUUUUUCAUAAGCCCAAAAGAGGACAAGGUUGUGAGGCCACCGGAGGAUCUUCACGAGACAAGGAAGUACCCAGAUUUCACAUGGUCAGAAUUGCAAGAAUUCACCCAAAACCACUACAGGGCAGAUAGGACAACACUCCAAACCUUUAUCGACAGGUUUCUAUCCAGGAAAAAGCAUCCCACAGAAAAACAAAACUCCCUUGGUUGUCCUUGAUCAACAAUUCAACUUUCUCUCUUUCUCUCUCUCUUUCCAUGUAUUUGUGUUUCUCACUAAAAUAUAUAGUGAUGUCAUCUGUCUUUUAGAUAUAGUGUGGUAAAAUUCUCUGUGAUGGAAAAUUUUGUCCAAUAAAUCAAUAAACACUAGUAUGAGUGAUGAAAGAAA